AUGGUGUCCAGUGAUAUUAAAUAUAGAAAUUAUAUGCAUGACAUAUAUAAUACAUUUUCUCCUCUGAACUGGCUUCUGGAGAUAUUUUCUUUGGACUGUAUUCGUUCUGAAGAUAAUAAAAAAUCUAAAUCGUACUGGGUCGUAUUUAGAAAUGUAUUAACCGCCUCUUUUCUUACUGGUGUUAAUAUCUACACUUUAUAUUAUAAAUUUAAUUGGCUCUACUCUAAUCUCGUAACAUCGGUAAUUUACACGGAUGUGCUUCAAAUGGUUUACGAUAUAUUCCAAUACAUAGUAGACUUAUACUUCGCGCAUAAAUACGGAUCCGAUGUGUUCCACGAAUACGUUCUGCAUUAUGCUUACAUAGACGGAACAUUCGGUACGGAGUACUACAGCAGUGUCAAGAAACGUAUUACUAAAGUGAUGAUUUUCAUAAUUUCAAUGUGGGGUUCGAGUAACCUAUGUGAUUUUCUAAUUUGGGGCAACGGUUUAGGUUUCCUCGCUGCGUCUGUAUUCUCCGUGGCUUACGUGUACAUGUUGAUCAAGAUACUGACGAAUUUACACGUAACCCUGCAUGUCCUGCAAAUAGAAAGCAGGUUGCGUGUUAUAGGCGAUUUGAUCCAAGAUUACUACUGCGGUUCAGUGUCUUGUACGGCGAGAAUCGAAGAUGCUGUCAUCAAGAAGAAUUGGUUCUACUACCAUAAAACAAAAUUAUCAUCACAGGUGCACCCCGUGACUAACGUUUGCCAUCAGGACUCAUCCGAUGUAAAACGUUUGAGCAGAUGCUAUUUGUUGUUGACGGAGCAAGUUUAUUUUAUUAACAGAAUGUUUGGACUGAGGAUAUUACUGAACUGUUUAAGUUUGCUCAUCGACAUGGUGAGGUUUACAAAUUUGACGGUGAGGAUUUUAUUGGGUACGCAGCAUACAGGCUAUACCCAGGCUUUCUUUCCUUCGAUAUCGACAUUUUGGCGCUCACUAACUUGCAUCAUAGUUAUUGUGAGCCUCGUCAACCACUGUGAAGACACGUACAGACAACGAGAGCGUAUUAUUGCGUUAAUCCAACAUUUAGUGAUGAACAGAACACUCGAUGAGAAGAUGUUAGCAGCUUACAUCGAGUUGCGUGGAUUGGUGCAGUCGCAACCGAUCAACUUCCACAUGGCACACUUGAUGCGCAUUGACUACCCGCUGCUGAUCUCCAUCACUUCGCUCUUCGUCACAUACACUAUCAUUCUUAUACAGAGCAUUUGAAUCAUUUAUUGAGAGAUGAAUGGCGUGAAAUUCGCAGGAAAUUCGCCGCUCCUCUAUUUUUUCCCGCUAAGGGAUGCCACAAAUGUCCCAAAUAACAAAAACACGGACGGACAGACUAAAAAUCGAAAAAAUAUUUUUAGCUUCAGUAUCGAUUAUAUAAUGCCCCCCAACAAAAAAUUUCAAAAUAUCUUUAAUGUACAGAAUGUACAAAAUGUACAGAAUUUGUAUUAUAAGUAUAGAUUCUAGAUGGCGCUGUCGUCCGUUAACGUUUGUUGUUAGUGUUACAAAUGGUUUAAGUUAAAUCUCAAAUUACGAAUAAAUGUAUAGAAUUCGACCAGUUUUAUUAUAAGUAUUGAUAUAGAUAUAGAAGAUAUAGAUAGAUAUAGGAUAUAAGAUAUUUAUAGAUAUAGAUGUAUGAAUUCACACGAAAAAGCUUGUACAUUGCUGAUGUCCUUAAGUUUUCCUAAACCAAAGGUUGCCUGGAAGAAAUCGCUACUUAGCGAUAAGGCCGCCUUUUGUAUGCUGAUCUCUUCCUAAUUUGUUUUUUAUUUCACUUGUUUUUGUCUUUGUGGUGUGCAAAUAAAGUAUAUUUAUCUUUAUCUUACAUUCUGCUUAUAAUAAUAAACGUUAAUAAUAAUUUUAGUAAUUUUAUUUGCCUUGGUUUCACCCAUAGAUAAAAAUACUAAUACUGUUUCACCCGCGUAGUUCCCGUUUCCUGGAGAAUACGGGGAUUAAAAUAUUUCAUUAAAGGAUUUCAUAAGUAGGCACCUACUAACAAGCCAAGUAAUUCGUCGUCAUCAUUUAUGGUUCUUUACCUGGGGUUUAUUCGAUCAGGGCUGCCCAUGCCCAUGGUGAUAAGAAAAGUCAAAUACUUACUUAAAAUUAAAGCUACGAGGGUUGCCAAAGCGCCUUGGUCCGCUCACAACAUACUCAGGCAGGGUUUCUUUUUUGUUGUCACCAUUUUACAAUACCUACAAUAGAAUAUAAUAUUCUACUUCCACCAUUUAGAUGUAUAUUUUAUCAUUCAAUGUUAGGUAUGUGUUUUUUCAAACUUUUUAUAUUUACUAACGAUGACGCAAUGACACAAUUGAACGAUUGCACAAUGUUAAAGCAAUCGUAAAGUAGGCUAGAAACAUAGUGAUACACUAUUUCAUAACUAUUUAAACACUUUAUUUGUACACCACAAAACAAGGAGACAAACAAUAAAACAAACCAUAGAUUUAAUUAAAUCUAUGUAACAAACAAAUAAGAGAGAGAAAAAACCGGACAAGUGUGAGUUGGACUCGCGUGACGAAAGUUCUGAACGAUGUUAAUCGGUCAUGGUUUUGAAAACUGAUCUGAAAUUGAUUUUCAAGCUCAUUUAUUUCAUUAAAUCUUUAUCUAAACCUAUAAUUACUAUUACUUUAGUAUUUAACGAAACUUAACAUACCUAAGUUUUGAUAUAGAAUAGAAAUAGAUUUUAUAAUAAUAUGCCCAA